UUCUAGGUCGUCCAUCUCCCUCUCCUCGCCGACGAUGAUUCCUGUACUAUUUCUUCUCUGCGCGCACUCCGCCACCGCCGCUGCCAACUCCGGUGGUGGUGGUCACCUGGCGACCGGCGCCGGCGGUGACGACGGCUUCAGCUGCUUCACGCGCAUGUUCAGCUUCGGCGACUCCAUCACCGACACGGGUAACUCCGCGACGAUCAGCCCCAACGCUUCUUUCAACAGACUCCCCUACGGCGAGACCUUCUUCGGCCGCCCCACCGGCCGCUACAGCGACGGCAGGCUCAUCGUCGACUUCCUAGCGGAGCUGGGGCUGCCGUUCUUGACGCCGUUCCUCCGCGGGCGGGAGACGGUGGCGGCGGAGGACUUCCGGCAUGGGGCGAACUUCGCGGUGGGUGGAGCGACGGCGCUGAGGCGGGAGUUCUUCGAGGAGAUGGGGCUUGACCUCACCAACAUACCGCCAUACUCGCUGGACGUGCAGGUGGAAUGGUUCAAGAGCGUGCUCCACUCGCUUGCCUCCGCAGACAAAGAACGCAAGAAAAUCAUGUCUAAAUCAAUUUUUAUAAUGGGGGAGAUUGGAGGAAACGACUACAAUCAGCCUUUCUUCCAAAACCAAUCCUUCAUCAAUGAGAUCAAGCCAUUGGUACCAAAAGUUAUAUCGAAGAUUGAGAACGCUAUCAAGGUCCUAAUCGACCUAGGAGCCAAGACGAUUAUUGUUCCAGGAAAUUUUCCUAUAGGGUGUGUUCCAGGUUAUCUCGGGAUAUUUCCAAACAAGUUAAGUCCUAAAGACUACGAUGUGUUUGGCUGCAUAAAGUGGUUGAAUGACUUCUCCAAGUACCACAACCAUGCGCUCAAGCGCAUGAUGCAUCGGAUCCCUCACGAUCCUACAAUCACCAUACUCUACGUCGACUACUACAAUACCGCUUUAGAGAUCACCCGUCACCCUGCCAUACAUGGGUUCAAGAGGGAGACUGUGUUUGUGGCAUGCUACAAGGGUGGCAACUCGUAGAUGAAUCUUUGCCCGACCCAUCAACACACAUAUCAUGGGAUGGGUUGCAUCUCACCGAAGCCGCUUACAAGUUCGUGGCCCAUCACAUGUUGCACGGACCAUAUUUGUUGAACCGUCCAUAUCUUCUAAAUGAUUUCAUGUACUACUAGCUCAAAAUCCAUAUAAUGGUGCUAGCAACUUUAAUCACCUAUACGUAUACAGGUGUAUGCGCGAGUGUGUGCGCCCAAUUAUACUUUCAAAUAAUUGACUUUUAUCAAUUUACAUAUAUAUAUAUAUACCAUAUACUCCAUCCGUUUCAGAUUAGUUAUCAUUCUAGCAUUUAAUUUUUGUUGUCAAAAUAGUUGUCAUUCUCACAUUUAAUUUUCUUUUAUCAAAAUACUGAUCAUUUAAAGGUGACCUUCCAUUUUACCUUUUAUUAAUGCACCAAUGCACAACUGGAUAAUCAGAGUUAAUGUUACUUUGGAAACUAAUGGGAUAUAGUUCAUGAGGGUAACAAUAUAAUUAAGUUGUGACAUUUUCUUGUUUGGUGUUAAAUUUCCUAGAAUGACAAAUAAUAAUCUGAAACAGAAGAAGUAAGUUUGUUCUUAAUUUUGAAAUUUAUUUUGUGAAUAAUCAGCUACACGUCAAUCUAGACCAGAAACUAAUUCAGAAAAUGCAAUGAUAGAUAGCUCUGUAUGCAUGGAAUUUGCCUGAGAAUAGGAUGCAUAUUACGAGAUUUUGAUACGCUACUAAAGAAUAGCUAAUAUAAGUCAGUAUUAUAGGUGCCGAAACAGCUAAAACCGGCACCUAAAGUGUUUUUCCCACCUCUUAUAGACUGAAAACAUAACAAAACCAACAUCUAUAAUAUAUUAUAGGUACCGGUUUUUUAAAAAAAACAGGCAUCUAUACAGUGAGCUGAGCCGAACCGGUGGGCUUAGCCCACCGCACCAACCACUCACUCACCACGCCUUUUUCCUCUUCUCUCCUCUUCUCUUUUUCCUCUCUCUCCUUCUUUCUUCUCUCUUCCUUUCCACUUCUACCUUCUCCUCUCCUCCUCCAUCCACCACGGCGGCAGCAUGCGCGGAGCCCUCUCCUCUGCCAGAUCCAGUGGGAGGGGAGGCGGUGGUUCGGCGGUAGCACGGCGGCGUCUUCCCCUCCGCCAGAUCUAGCGGGAGGGGAGGCGGCGACCCGUGCCUGGAGAUGGCGUGCGGCGGCAAGAGGGAGGCAGCCUACGCCCCUUUGCGGCGGGAGGCGGCGUGUGGCAUUGGGAUGGAGGUGGCCUGCACCGGAUCUAGCGACGUGGCGGUGCUAGCCCCUCGGCUGCGGGGAUCCGGAGGUGGGGCAUGGCGAGGACAGCCAUUGUGGAGGUGGGGCCGUCAGCUGGAGGUGUGACGGCGUCGGCCGCCAGCGUAUCCGUCUCUCUCCCUCCCUCCUUUGUGAUUUGUUGAUGUAUAUGUGAUCUAUUGUUGACCUAGAUGUGUUGUUUUUCUGAGGAUUAUUGACUACAGUUCGUGUUUAUGGA